AAGCGAGACUGAUCAGUCCAAAUAUAUAAGCAGGAGCGAUCGAUCGAGACAAUAUGUCGUGGAGCUUAAACGAGAACGAGAGGUUCGAGCGCGCGCUGGCCACGUACUACCGCGACACGCCCGGCCGCUGGGACCUCGUCGCCGCCGCGGUGGGCGGCGGCAAAACGGCCGACGACGUCAAGCGCCACUACGACCAGCUCGUCGACGACAUCCGCCGCAUCGAGGACGACGCCGAUGCCGCCGGCCACCCCAAUGCUAACGGCACGGCCAGGAACAACAACGACGACGACGACGACCGUAACAGCAGCAGCAAUAACCGCAGCAACAACAGAGCCAAUCGGCCCCAGACAUGAUGGAGCAAGGGAGGCUAACUAUCUGCACUGCCGGCUAUAUAUAUAUUAUCGACCUGUACGUAUAUAUGACGACAUGCUAGUGCGUGCAUGUACUCGUGUGUCUAUGUGUGUA